CACCUACCAGUCAAGGGUUAAGGAAUGAGACGUGUAAACCGAUACGAGUGUCUGGCAAGUGCAGUUGCAAAACGUGUUCAGUUUGGACGUGGGAAUGUUUGUUAGCAUACUUGCCUUUAGAAGAGUGUUUCCGACAAAAGAGAAUGCUGUAAUCAGUCUGAUGAAUGAGAACACAUAGCCACACCGAAGCAGAACCCUGCACCCAUUCUAAGAUGGAGGAGCUGGCUGUGUUGGACUUAUUGACGUGCCAGCUGUGUUUAGAGCGGCUGGAUGUUUCAGCCAAGGUCCUGCCUUGCCAGGAUACCCCCUGGAAGCCCAGCCUGCAUCAACAGGAGAACUCCAGGCCCGGGGCCAAGAUUGCGCUCCACUGCCCAGAGUGUCAUACCCUGGUCCAGGCCAGGUCGGUGGAGGAGCUGCCCCCUAACCUCCUGGUUCGGCUCUUGAAGGGGCUCAACCAGGGGUCCAUGGAGCCAGGUCAGGACAGGAACAAACCGUCUGCCCGAUAUAUGGUAACCUCUGCCAGGGGCAGGGAGGCCCAGCAGCAGCAUCAGAAACAACAACAACAGAACCCACAGUCUGAUCAGCAGCACAGAGAGAGGCAGCAUGGAAGGAAUGAGCCAUUCACAGAGGCAGCAGCCAAGCUUCUGGAGGGAAAAGACCUGGAAGGGGAGUGACUCCUCGGCUGAAUCUCGCCCAGGGAUCGGUAGUGAGAGUGGAUUAAGCAACAGCGGGACUGGUGACUCAACAAACCCCGACCGGGCAACCUGCUUCGGGGCGACCCAGAGCCCCACGAAGACCUCCAAUAUUUCUGCUCUCAACCCCCCCACCACCACCCAGGGGAAACAGCAACAAGCUAACAGCAGCACCCUGUACCAGUCCAACCAGACACAACCUUCGAAUAUCAAUGGUCUGUACCAGUCAACCCAGGCACAACAACCUGCUAAUAUCAACAGUGGGUACCAGCCGACCCAGACCCAGGGGCGGGGGCAGCCACCCAGCGUCAGUGCCCUCAACAGCCUGAACCAUCAGGUUCAACAGAGCCAGCUGUCCCAACCCUCCGCCCCCCCUCCCAACCACAGCUCUUCUCACCGCUCAGGUGUGACCUCACAGCGCGUGAAGCGAAACUCAGUGAGAACUGGCAGACACCUGUCACAACAGGGCGUGAGGAAGAUGAGUAGUGGUGAAGCUCCUCCCACCAUCACCAUGGCUCUGAUCAACCCCCAGUCCUCCUCCGUCUCCUCGGACACCAAACAGUCCUCCACUCAGCAGCUCUCCAUCAGUGUGUGUGCUGCUCUGUACUCCUACAAGCCCUGUCGUUCUGAGGAACUAGAGCUGAGGAAGGGGGAGAUGGUGGGGGUGUAUGGGAAGUUUAAGGAGGGCUGGCUCCGAGGCCUCUCUCUACGGACGGGCAAAGUGGGCAUUCUGCCCGGCAACUACGUCACACCUGUCCUCAGAACCUCUGCCAGGCUCUUGGAGUCCAAGGCAGUGACGGCAGGCCCCGGUACAGUUCCUGGAAGAAGAACCUCCUCGUCCUCCAAGACCCCAGCGGUGGUUCUAGCUCUCCACAGGGUCAACUCCGAUGAAACGACCUAUUCUACGGGACAACGGGUUCCGCUGCAGUCCGCCUCCAUGGCCACGCAGCCUGUGACGUCAUCAGGCGGCGCCACCAGGAAGUCCCGGCACGGGGUGGGCUCGGAGGGAUGGGACACAGUGAGGAGGGUCUUCCAUAGUUCACACAGAGGCUCAUCUCAGCGGGGAAACCACUACCCCCACACCACCAUCUCUUCCAGCUCAGCCCUUCAGACCCAGACCCACAGUCAGAGCUCAUCCCAGCGCUGUAACCACUACCCCCACACUACCAGCGCCACCUCAGGCCUUCAGCCCCAUUCUCAGUCCCAUUCUCACAGCCAGAACUUUAGCCAUAUCCAGGCCCCUGGCUACUCCCCUGCUCUGCUCAGGAAGAAACAACACAUGAGCAUCCUGCCCAAUCACAACAGAUCUCUGGCCUGGAUGUCUGAGGGACCCGUGCCCUCUAGUGGUGGUUUUAUGAAGGACAGGGACACUGCUGCCAGAGAGGUGUUUGAUAGGCAGGUGUUGGAGACAAGGCAAGCAGCAUCGAAUGGUCAGCAGUCCAUCAACUCCAUCCUAGUGAGACCAGACGCCCUCAAGAACAACACAGAGAAGCCCACUAAGUCAGUGCGGUUCCUGACCCAGCCUGAUUCCCCUCCACCACGGCCCAGGACCACCUCCCUGCCCUCGGGUAGCCAGCCUCCCUCCAGUACCCGGCCUGGUCCCCCUCCCCUGGAGGUCUGGGCUCCAUCACUCACACUGGGGCGAGAUGGGCCUGGGAUCAUCCUGAAAGAAGGCAAGGCUCCUGUUCUUAGGAAAGGUCUGGAGACAAACCCCUCAGAUGUUUUGACAUCCAAUCAGAAACCUACAUCAUCAGCACCAUCAGUGUCCAGCAGCCCUAGCAGACACAGAGUAGCGGUGUCGUACCAGGCCCAGACGGAGUCAGAGAUGAGCCUGAUGCAGGGUGAGCCUGUCCUGCUCCACAGACAUCGGCCCGACGGCCGGGUUCUGCUCACCCAGGAGAGCAGUGGCCACACGGGCCUCUUCCAUAGCAGUGUUCUACAGUUCUUAGACCGGUUCAGUUGACUGCCUGUAGUGUUUAGUUGUUAUUAUUAUAUGUGUGUUUUUCACAUAGAAAUAGAAUGACUAGCACGGAAAAGCUCCCUAGACCGCGACAAUUUGAUAGUACACUCAAUAUGGCUGCUGGCCCACCCCGGUACAAUCAAUUUGGCCACUCCAUCAUGUAAAGUUGACUUGAAAAACAAUGUCCAUUCUAGCUAUUCUAUUUCUAUGGAUCUCCAUACGUUGACACUGCCAAAUGAGAUGCCCAAACUGUGGAAGUGUGUGUGUUUUAUCUGUGUGUUGAAAAUAAUAUAUUAUACUGCCAUAUAAUGACUAUAUAUGAAGUAUGUGGGCACCCCUUCAAA